AUGUCGUGGCGGCGCUUUGACCUCAACGUCAAGGGCGUAGAAGGCAUCCAAGAACGCACGAUUGGCGGCGGCAUCGUGACGCUUCUGAGCUGUGUGGUGGCUGCUUUUCUGCUGCUUUCGGAGCUCUCGGUCUGGUGGACGGUGAGUGUCACGCACCGUAUGCACGUGGACACGGACCCACAAGAUUUUCCCAUUACCGUUGAGGUGGACAUUUCGUUCCUUCACGAGACUUGCCAAGCGGUAGCACUAGACGUGAGUGACGCCAAGGGCAAUAAGGACAUUUUGCUGAAUAGAGACAUCCAGGAGGAACCGUUUGGAGAGAACGGGUGCCGAUUCUAUGGCACGGUGCAAGUGCAGAAAGUGGCGGGCGAUUUGUCCUUUGCUCACGAAGGCUCGCUCACCAUCUUUUCGGUCUUCGAAUUCCUCAACUUUAACUCGUCGCAUGUGAUCAAUCACCUGCGCUUUGGUCCGCAGAUUCCGGAUAUGGAGACGCCACUUAUUGAUGUCAGCAAAGUCCUGACGGCAAACUUGGCAACGUACAAGUACUUUGUGAGUGUCGUACCCACUCGCUACAUCUUCCUGAAUGGCAGGUCAGUGGCAACGUUCCAGUAUUCCGUGACGGAACACGAAUCGGUUACACGGGGUCCAAACGGUCAGGUGUCGUUCCCCGGGGUAAUAUUCUCGUACGAUUUCUCGCCCAUAGCUGUGCAAUACGUUGAAUCCAAGCCGUCCGUACUGCACUUCCUCACCAGCACAAGUGCCAUCAUUGGCGGCGUCUUUGCUGUCGCGCGCAUGAUUGAUGGUGCCAUUUACAGUGUCUCCAAGAAAGUUGACUAG